AUGGAGCUCAUCCCCAACCCUUCAAUAGAAACCUGGGUGCUGCUGGCUACUAGCCUGAUACUCUUCUACAUAUAUGGGACCUAUUCUCAUGGCCUGUUUAAGAAACUAGGAAUUCCUGGACCGAAACCUCUGCCUUUAUUUGGAACAAUUUUCAACUAUGCUGAUGGCAUGUGGAAAUUUGAUGAUGAUUGCUAUAAAAAGUAUGGGAAAAUAUGGGGGUUUUAUGAUGGACCACAGCCUAUGUUGGCUAUCAUGGAUCCAGAGAUCAUCAAAACAGUGCUGGUGAAAGAAUGUUACUCAGUCUUCACAAACCGUCGGCCUUUUGGGCCAGUGGGAUUUAUGAAAAAGGCCAUUACUAUAUCUGAGGAUGAAGAAUGGAAGAGACUUCGAACACUCCUGUCUCCAACUUUCACCAGUGGCAAACUCAAGGAGAUGUUCCCCAUCAUGAGACAGUAUGGAGAUAUAUUGGUGAGAAACUUGAGACAAGAAGAAGAGAAAGGGGAGCCCAUCAACAUGAAAAACAUCUUUGGAGCUUAUAGCAUGGAUGUGAUCACUGGCACAUCAUUUGGAGUGAACAUUGAUUCCCUCAAUAAUCCACAGGAUCCCUUUGUGCAGAAAGCCAAGAAGAUCUUAAAAUUUCCAUUUUUUGAUCCAUUUCUUCUCUCUAUAGUUCUGUUUCCAUUUCUUACUCCAAUAUAUGAGAUGUUAAAUCUCUCCAUUUUCCCAAAAGAUUCAAUGAACUUUUUCAAAAAUUUUGUAAAAAGGAUGAAGAAAGAUCGCCUUGAUUCAAACCAGAAGAAGAGAAUGGAUUUUCUUCAACUGAUGAUGAAUACUCAUAACUCUGAAGGACAAGAGUCCCAGAAAGCUCUUUCUGAUUUGGAAAUGGCAGCACAAUCUGUUAUUUUUAUUUUCGGAGGCUAUGAUGCCACAAGCACCUCAAUUUCCUUCAUAAUGUAUGAACUGGCCACUCACCCUGAUGUGCAAAAGAAACUUCAGGAUGAGAUUGACAGAGCUCUGCCCAAUAAGGGUCCUGUCACUUAUGAUGCCCUAAUGGACAUGGAAUAUCUGGACAUGGUAGUGAAUGAAAGUCUGAGAUUGUACCCAAUUGUUAGUAGGCUAGAGAGGGUCUCAAAAAAAGAUGUGGAAAUCAAUGGAGUGUUCAUUCCCAAAGGGACUGUAGUUUCGAUACCAAUCUAUCCUCUUCAUCGGAACCCCGAGUACUGGCCAGAGCCUGAGGAAUUCCACCCUGAAAGGUUCAGCAAGGAGAACAAGGGCAACAUUGAUCCAUAUAUAUACCUGCCCUUUGGGAACGGACCCAGGAACUGCCUUGGCAUGAGGUUUUCUCUCAUCAGCAUGAAACUUGCUGUCAUAGGAGUUCUUCAGAACUUCACUGUCCAGCCUUGUGAGGAGACACAGAUCCCCAUGAAGUUCAGCAGGCAACCGAUUUUCCAACCUGAAAAACCCAUCACCCUAAAGAUUGUGUCAAGAGAUAAACCCAGAACUGGACAGUGA